GUCCGGAGGGGCUCCCGCACCGGGCCCACACCUGUGAGAGAAGAUGGAUUGGGGAACACUGCAGACCAUUUUGGGAGGCGUCAACAAGCACUCCACCAGCAUCGGGAAGAUCUGGCUGACCGUCCUCUUCAUCUUCCGAAUUAUGAUCCUGGUGGUGGCCGCAAAGGAAGUGUGGGGGGAUGAGCAGGCCGACUUCAUCUGCAACACCCUGCAGCCGGGGUGCAAGAACGUGUGCUACGACCACGUCUUCCCCAUCUCGCACAUCCGCCUGUGGGCUCUGCAGCUCAUCUUUGUCUCCACCCCGGCCCUGCUGGUUGCCAUGCACAUCGCCUACCGGAGACACGAGAAGAAGAGGAAGUUCAUCAGGGGCGAGACAAAGAACGAGUUCAAAGAUAUUGAGGAGAUCAAGAGGCAGAAGGUCCGGAUCGAGGGAGCCUUGUGGUGGACCUACACCAGCAGCAUUUUCUUCAGAGCCAUCUUCGAGGCGGUCUUCAUGUACGUGUUCUACUUCAUGUACAACGGGUUUUCCAUGACCCGGGUGGUGAAGUGUAAUGCCUGGCCCUGCCCCAACACAGUGGACUGUUUCGUGUCCAGACCCACCGAGAAGACCGUGUUUACGGUCUUCAUGAUCUCCGUGUCUGGAAUCUGCAUAUUGCUAAAUAUCGUUGAGCUGUGCUACCUUAUGAUCAGAUACUGCUCUGGAAAGUCCAAAAAGCCCGUGUAGAGCAGUGCCCAGACAUGAGAGAAAAGUAGACAGCCCCAGAUGGACAAAGUCACUCUCAGAGCUGUCAAGACCCAGUCACCGGUAUUUCCAAGGACAAGGCAAAAAAAGAGCAAACUUUCUAGGGCGUGAAUCGACUUCACACUCCGUUCUCACCUGGAACCUUAAUCUAAUAACGCAUCGAUGAUGAUUUGGAAAGUCACUCCCAAAAUGGAGUACCGCUUUCUUAACUCUGCAAACGAAAGCCUGUUUCUACCAUUGCUAGCUUAGCAGAACUUUUCUACCAGGGC